AUGAAAUAAUCAGUUUAAAGAUACUCUGUAAAAAUCCUAUCUCACGAAAUAAUAGAAAAAAAAGUUUAUUACAUAAUAAAUGUUUAUAAUAUUGCAGGUGGGGAACCGAAGGAGACAAGAAAACGAUUUUCAGAAAUAGAAUCUAUGCAUCAAAAAAUAUUAGAUUGGAUAAAUAUUUUUAAAAUACGAAUUCAAAAUCUCAAUUUCCCAAAAAAAAAAAUAUUCUUUCAUACUAAUCAAAGUGAAGAAAGUAUCUUGAAGCGUGUAAAUUUUUUAAUUAUUAAAGAGAGGAGAACUUUAAUCAUAUUUUAAUUAAAUAUUAACAUAUUCUGAAUUGCUGUGUUUGGAUGUAGUCGAAGAAAUGCUUCCAAAAGAAAUAUUGAGUUAGAAAUAAUUUGGAUAAAAUGUAGAUAGAAGAUGGUAUGAGAUUUAAUAAUUGAAAGAAUAAUAUUUAGCUAAGCAUAGUGAUUCUAUUUUUUCAUUACCUUAAAAAAAGAUUGGGAAUUCUAAUAAUAAGUAUUAAAGAAAAUAAAUAUAUUAAUAGAUAACAAUAUAUUUUUAAAUUUUAAGAUCAUAGUAUAAUAGAUGAUUGUAUCCUAUAUACAAUUGAAGUAAAUGAUACAAUAACGAAGAAGAGAUGGAUGUUUGGUUAACGCUAUUAGGAUAUAAGAGAUUAUCAUAAGCAACUGAAAAAUCUUCAUUUUGAUUUUCCUCUUCCUGAUCUGCCUGAAAAAAGAUCUGUAAGUUUAAAAGAAGUAGUUGAUUUGUGGGAAAGGAAAUCGUAAUUGGAGUAUUAUUUAAAUAGAUUGUUUAGGUAAAAUAUUAGAAAUGAUUUAGUUAUUAAAUUAUUGUUGAAAAUGAUGUAAUGGUUUUUUUUAUAGCUAAAAGUCAACUUGAUGGAAAUGAAAUAGGUUGUAGGUCUUAAGGAAAUUAAAAAAAUAUAUUAGAUGUAUAGUCUUCAUAAUAUAUUAUAGUAUUCAAGUAUUCAAUCAAAAAGUCAAACUACUAUAGAAAAGAUUGAUGAUGAAAAAAGAUAAUCUAGGCAAAUAGUUUGUUGA